AUGAAGAAGUGGAAGUGCCCCAGCUGUAAACAAUGCAAAAAAACAACGACACCAGCAGUGCUUUCACCUAAACCACCAGUUACAUUGAAUGAGCAACCUGAGGACACCUACAACCACAACCACCCAUCUAUAGUGAGUAUCGACACCGGGACUUUGCUGCAAAAUAUGAACGAGCAAUUCCAGAAAUUGUCACACAACAUAACUGAGCUCAGAACUAGCGUCAACACAAGAUUGGACGCAUUAUCAGAUUCAAUUGAAGAAUGGUCGAAGAAAUAUCAAGAUUUGGAAAACAGUGUAGCGACGGUUCGGACGGAAGUAGCUCUAGUUAAGGAAGAAAACCAAUAUCUCCGCAAUCAAAUCAAUCUCCUUCAAAAAAACUGGGACGACCAAAAAUCACGUCAGUGUAAUUUAGAAAUACAAAAUUUACCAGAAAAAUCGUCAGAAAAUCUGAUACAUAUAGCUUUGACCCUGGGCAAAGUGUUAAAUGUUCCGGUUACUACCGAAAAUAUAAAAACUGUGCAUCGCGUACCCCACCAUGGACAAACAGACCGACCGAAGAACAUUAUCGUCGAACUAUGCUCGCGCCGGCUUCGAGACGACGUGAUAGCGGCGGCCCGGGCCCGGCGCGGCGUCACCGCCGGCCAGCUGAUGCAGGCCUCGCGUGGCUCCGGCCCGUCGUCCCAGCCGGACGACCAUGCGUCAGCGCAACCUGUUUUUAUAAACGAACAUCUUACUUUGAAGAAUAAAAUCCUGUACUCGAACACGCGCAAAGUAGCGAAAGACAAACAAUAUAAAUGGACCUGGAUUAAAAAUGGUGCCAUUCUGGUCAGAAAAGCCGAUAACACGAAAGUUAAACGUAUCCGCUGUGACGCCGACCUGGACAACCUAUGA